AUGACGCAUCCAGGCGGCAUAGACACGGAGGGUACCCCUGGGUUCGGCCUCGAUUCAGACUCAGACCCCCGUGCCACCGCUGCCGCCGGUCAGACCCAGCCUCAGCUGCACCAAUCCAUCCCAUUGCGCCCGCUGCCAGGGUCAUCAAGUCACCGUCCCACUCCCACUCACACAGGCCAGGCAGAUCAAGCAAGACAACGCCCCACGCCUGCUCUGGCACAGCAGCGGGACAAUCCGCUGCCUGCCGUUCCCGACCCACCAUCCCACCCUUCUCCCAACGUCAAAACCGACGCAUCCUCCGCUCCUGCCUCCCCAGAUGCCUCCCUCGACCUCUCACAUGGCACGAGCACUGAAUCUGUUCAUUCUGGAGGAGACACUGCCAACGAGAGCCCGGAUGUCGCCGCACGACCCUCCGACCAACUCCCCAUGCAACUCCUAAACAAGGCGCCGCCCUUCCUGCGCUCCUCGCCAGGCUUCCGGUCGCCAUCCUACGGCGCUGUCCCGCUCGGGUCAGCAGGUGAUACCACGGCUACAUCGGACGCCAGCAAUGACGCAGGCGAGGGCUCGAGUGACGGAGACACGCAUGGUGGUGGCACACGCACUACAAGAUCAGCCAAGUCCCACUCAUCACUCCGGAAGUCCGUGUCACGGGGCCGGCUUUCGCGCUCGUCGGAAGAGCUAGCCAGCUCCACAGUCACCGGCGGGAUAGAAGGUCGCUAUGGAGUGACCGAGUCGUCUCUGGCAAGCGACGUGCUUGCGGACCCAAAGACAACUGACACUGAAGAUGAGGAGGACGACAGUGUUGGUGUCCCAAUACCCUCUGAUGUCGAUGAGGACCCUCCCGACAACUCGCCUUAUCCACAAGUCCGCGCCUCCGUCGCACCAUACGACAAUACGACCUUGUCGAUAUCAACACCUCGCAUGUGGACUCUCAGCGUUUUGUUUUCGAUUAUUGGAUCUUCCACCAACUUGUUCUUUUCUUUGAGAUACCCCAGUGUUUCCAUCACGCCUGUCAUAGCGUUGCUACUCGUUCACCCUCUUGGUUUGCUCUGGGACUUGACUCUCAAGCGUCGCGAUGAUCCUCCCGAGCUGUUCGUCGAUGGUAACUUAUCUGGCGGUGUCGAAGGUUCGACGGGGCCGCUGAAUGAAGACGACCCGGUUCUGAGCUCGACUCCCCGAACCAGACUCGGUCGUUUACGGUUGUGGCUCGCGCAAGGCCGGUGGAACGAAAAGGAGCAUGCAUGCGUCUAUGUUAGCAGCAACGUUUCCUUCGGCUUUGCUUUCGCCACCGAUGUAAUUGUCGAGCAAACGCAGUUCUACAAACAAGACGCCAGCAUCGCCUACCAGCUUCUCCUGACCUUGUCGACACAAAUCCUGGGCUAUGCGUUCGCCGGCCUGACAAGGCGCUUCUUGGUUCGACCUAGCGGCAUGAUCUGGCCCAGCACCCUGAUGUCGGCCGCCAUGUUCACGACCCUCCACAAAGAGGAGAAUAAGCCGGCAGACGGAUGGCGCAUAAGCCGGUGGAACUUCUUCUACGUCGUCUGGACCGUGUCUUUCCUCUUCUACUUCUUUCCAGGUCUGCUGAUGCCAUGCUUGAGCUACUUCAACGUCCUCACAUGGUUCGCGCCGAAGAACGUCGUGGUGGCCAACCUCUUUGGUGUCACCUCUGGUCUAGGGCUGUUCCCUGUCACGUUCGACUGGGCUCAGAUAGCUUACAUCGGGAGCCCCUUGCUCACGCCGUUCUGGGCUGCCAUGAACGUCGUUGGCGGACUGGUCCUGGUCAUGUGGAUCAUUGCACCCAUUGCCUAUUACGGCAACUGGCUCUAUUCUUCGUACAUGCCUAUUCUGUCGGCAGCCGUGUUCGACAACACUGGCAAAGUCUACGACGUCAGCAAGAUCCUGACAAAGGAUUUCGUCUUUGACAGGGAGGCGUACCAGAACUACAGCCGAGUCUUCCUUCCCAUCACAUAUGUCCUCAGCUACGGUGUUCAGUUCGCUGGACUGGCAGCGUUGCUAACCCACACGGCUUGCUGGCAUGGCCACGACAUCUGGACGCAAUGGACGAGGUCGUUGCGAGAGGCAAAGGAGGAAUCAAAGGCUGCCUAUCAGCCACUUGCCAACGAACCAGAAGAUUCCACAAACGGAAGGCCGCAUGAGAAUGGCGUGCGACAACGUCGAAGCAUGUCAAUGUCAGGCUCCGGUCUCGAGGGCUUGAUGAAUCGAGAAGACGUCCACAACCGGCUAAUGAAGCGGUACAAAGAUGCCCCCAUCACGUGGUAUCUGAUCACAUUUGCGACGAUGCUGGUGGUGGGCAUCUUUGUCGUCGAGUACUAUCCGAUUCACCUACCUUGGUACGGGCUGCUGCUUGCGCUAGGGAUCUGUACCAUCCUCUUCAUUCCCAUCGGCAUCAUCAUGGCGGUAACGAAUCAGCACAGCAGUAUUUAUCUGAUCUGUCAGCUGGUCUGUGGUGCCGUCUUCCCGGGUCGCCCGGUUGCCAAUAUGGUUUUCGUCACCUACGGCUACAUAUCGUCCUCGCAAGGUAUCAAGUUCGCGGCUGAUCUGAAGCUUGGCCACUACAUGAAGAUCCCGCCCAGGACUUUGUUCUGGGUCCAAAUGGUGGCGACCAUCAUCUCGUCUUUGACGCAGAUCGGGGUACUGAACUGGAUGUUUGUCAACGUUCCCGGCAUAUGCACGCCUGAGGCGAUUAAUGGCUUCACAUGUCCACUUGCCCGAGUGCAUUUCAACGGUUCUAUUUUGUGGGGUGUUGUUGGACCUGGUGAAUUCUUUGGGCCCAACGCAACAUACCGACCGCUUGUCUGGUGUUUCCUCCUGGGAGCCGUCGCACCGAUCCCGCUGUAUUUCUACAGCCGCAACAAAAAGAAGAGCAUCGUUCGCAAGAUCAAUCUACCGGUGUUGUUUGGCUCCCUGAGUUGGAUACCACCUGCGACUGGCCUCAACUUCUCAGUGUGGGCUGUCAUCUGCUACUUCUUCAACUAUCUGAUCAAGAACAGGGCACAGGCAUGGUGGGCCAAGUACACAAUGACAUUGAGUGCAGCUCUGGAUUCGGGACUCGCAUUUGGCAUAGUCGUUGUCUUCUUUGGGCUGAUCUACCCAGGCUGGACAAAGAACUUCAGUUGGUGGGGCACAGAGGUGUAUAAGCAAGGCUGCGACUGGCAGGCCUGCUCUUACAACACCGUCCCAGAGGGUGGUCGUUUUGGGCCCGACACGUGGUAG